AUGCCUAGCAGAAUGGGCUCAAAAAUUGAUUUGAACAAAGACUUCAUCAGAGUAAAAACACACUAUAGUGGGGACAUCCUGAUAACAAACUUGGAUGCAUCAAUGAGCUAUGAUGAACUUUGUGAUGAAGUGCAUGAGAUGUGUAAUUUACAGCAGGAACAGCCAAUUACCCUCAAGUGGAUUGAUGAUGAAGGUGACCCAUGUACCAUCUCAUCUCAGAUGGAACUGGAAGAAGCCUUCCGUUUGUAUUGUCAAAACAGAGAUGAAGGGCUGAUUAUUCAUGUUUUCCCAAGUAUUCCAGAGAAACCCGGCAUGCCUUGUCCAGGAGAAGAUAAAUCAAUCUACCGACGUGGAGCCAGAAGAUGGAGGAAGCUGUACCGAGUGAAUGGGCAUUUGUUUCAAGCCAAACGUUUUAACAGAAGAGCGUAUUGUGGCCAGUGCAGUGAAAGGAUAUGGGGUCUCGGAAGGCAAGGCUACAAGUGUAUCAACUGCAAAUUAUUGGUCCAUAAACGCUGUCAUAUACUUGUUCCACUGACCUGCAAAAGGCAUAUGGAUUCGGUCAUGCCUUCCCAGGAACCUCAGUUAGAUGAUAAAAAUGAUGAAGUUGACCUCCCUUCAGAAGAAACUGAUGGAAUUCCCUACAUUCCUUCAAACCGGAAACAUGACAACAUUAAAGAUGACUCUGAGGAUAUCAAACCAGUCAUUGAUGGAAUGGAUGGAAUUAAGAUUUCUCAGGGGCUUGGACUACAGGACUUUGAUUUAAUCAGAGUUAUCGGACGUGGAAGUUAUGCCAAAGUUCUUUUAGUUCGGUUAAAAAAGAAUGAUCAAAUUUAUGCUAUGAAAGUAGUGAAAAAAGAAUUGGUCCAUGAUGAUGAGGAUAUUGAUUGGGUACAGACAGAGAAACAUGUGUUUGAACAGGCAUCCAGUAACCCAUUCCUAGUUGGUUUACAUUCAUGCUUUCAAACAACAAGUCGAUUGUUUCUUGUCAUAGAGUAUGUAAAUGGGGGAGAUCUUAUGUUUCAUAUGCAACGGCAAAGAAAACUUCCUGAAGAACAUGCAAGGUUUUAUGCUGCUGAAAUUUGUAUUGCUCUAAACUUCCUACAUGAAAGAGGCAUAAUCUACAGAGAUUUAAAACUAGACAAUGUUCUUUUAGAUGCAGAGGGUCAUAUCAAAUUAACAGACUAUGGCAUGUGCAAGGAAGGUUUGGGCCCUGGUGACACUACAAGCACUUUCUGUGGGACACCAAAUUAUAUUGCACCAGAGAUCCUCAGAGGAGAAGAAUAUGGGUUCAGUGUGGACUGGUGGGCACUCGGUGUGUUGAUGUUUGAAAUGAUGGCAGGAAGGUCUCCAUUUGAUAUUAUUACUGACAAUCCAGACAUGAACACUGAAGAUUACCUCUUCCAAGUUAUUCUUGAGAAGCCAAUCCGGAUUCCAAGGUUUCUUUCUGUCAAGGCUUCCCAUGUGUUAAAAGGAUUUUUAAACAAGGAUCCCAAAGAAAGGCUUGGUUGUCAGCUGCAGACAGGAUUUUCUGAUAUCAAGUCUCAUACAUUUUUCCGCAGCAUAGACUGGGAUCUGCUGGAAAAGAAGCAAGCAACCCCUCCAUUUCAGCCUCAGAUCACAGACGAUUAUGGUUUGGAUAACUUUGAUACACAGUUCACCAGCGAACCUGUGCAGCUAACGCCAGAUGAUGAAGAUAUAAUAAAGCGAAUAGAUCAGUCAGAAUUUGAAGGAUUUGAAUAUAUUAAUCCAUUGUUGCUGUCAACAGAAGAAACAGUAUGAAGGAACGACAUCUUCGUUGUGGACAAUGUGAAUGACCUUUAAAUUUAUCCUUAACUACAGUAUAUGCAUGCGAGGCUGGGGAACUGUUAAGAUUUUGGAUGGAGACCAAUGAUUAAAAAAAUUGCUGCUGAAAAUCAAAGAAGAGAAUAAUGAUUUUGGUGGGUGUCCUCUGACACGUGGUGAUUCUUAAGUUCUGGGCACUGACACAACUGGCUUAAUUAAUGAAGGAAUUUGCAUUUUGUGCCUGUUUCAUGAAGGAUUGAAACGUUCAUUGCAUCCCUGGAAAAGGAGAUUCUGAACAACUUUGAGAUCUACACACUUUCUACAAACAUUUGAUGCAAUGAGCUACCAAUUGAAGAAUAUUACAGUGUAACAUCCUGAAGAAUAAAAUAUAUUACGGUGGUGUUGAAGCUUA